AUGCGUACCUACGCAUCGCAUGAACACACCUUAUGGGCAAAUAUCGUACAACGCGCGGAACGCGUUAUAAAUGCAACAGUACACUCCAGCACUGGAUUCACACCAAAUGAAUUACAUUUUGGCGUCGACGAUCAUCUGGAGCUGCCAAGAGAAAUUCUACCACGAAUAUAUGAAGAAAUCUCACAAGACGACAAAAUUGUCGAGGCGCGUGUGAACCUAGAGAGAAACGCGCAGAAGAGAAAGAAACAAGCGGACAAAUUUCAAACCGCUAACGUCUAUCAACCAGGAGACAUAGUUUGGAUCAAAACAAGGCCACGCUCAGACGCGAGAAAGAGAAAAGUCGCAAAAAUUCAUUUACUGUACGACGGACCUUUCCAAGUUCUCGAUGUGUUGAGACGAAAUGCAUACUUGAUUGGAGACCUCAACGGAAACGUGAGGGGAGCUUACAACACCCGUCUACUAAGACCUGAUCGCGAGCUGCACAUGAAACCACGACAGGAGAUCCUAGACGAACAAAUUGACCAACCCGAGCAGGACUCACCACAAACGAGCGAGUACCUAGAUGCAGAAGACGGUUCACAAGAUUACAAUGAGAGAUAUGAGAGUCUUGAUGAAGAAUUACCACAAGACGACCAAUUAGAAGAAAACGAAUACGAUCCGGAUGAAUAUCUACCAGAGGAUCAAGAUAACGAAUAUGAUUCCGACGAGGAUGACGAACAAUAUAUUCCAGAGGAGGAAGAAUAUUACUCCGAACCGGAAGCUGACGAACAAGGUUCAAACUACGAACCAUCCAAUACCGCAGAGUAUGAACAAGAUUACGAAUCCAUAGAGGCGGAACAAUACCUCGAAGAGGGUAAUGAAAUUGUGGAUACAACCACAAGCCAAACACUGGAUGAUUCCGAAAUCAUCAGCGAACAUGAGCCAAUCGAAGAAUAUUCGCAGGAAGAUCAACAAUACCCUGACGAAUUCAAGAAUUCUUCUCAAGAAGAACAUUUCACGGAAUACGAUCCCAGUGGAGGACUAUUCUUAGAUGAAAUACCACAAUGGCAACAAGAAGACGAUUACAUUGUCGAAGAGCCACAAGAUAGUGAUCGAGAAGAUAGAAUCACGACGAUUCAACCACAGAGCCGCAGUAUAGCGACACAGAGUCAACAAUUGACACAAUUAAUGGCAAAUUUGCCGAAUCAACACGAGGAGACCUACCAGGACGACCGUGUUCAAGCCAGAAUAAAGGCAACAAGAUAUUCAACUAGGGGCGGAAAUACGCACGCCACACUAGAAAGCGAAUAUCGCUUGUGCACCAUUACCAUCAAGGAAGAACCUACGGAACAAUUUAAACUUCCGGAAUGCACUAUAAUGCCAAUUCGCAGGAAAAUUGCGAUAAACGGCACAUAUAUCAACAAAAACAAUAAGAGACCACGAGAAGAGGUCGAAACAUUGAAAUUAAACACAAAAGUGGAUAAACAUACCACAAAUAAUGAGACAACCACGAAAAAUCUCAAAAAACGAAAGAUGGUAACAAUUCCCACAAAUGCCAUCGAAUUAUUACUCCAGGUCGAAGAAGAAGUCCAAAUCUUAAAAGUAAUUAACGUUACUGACCCGACAAUAAAGUCAGAAAACGAGAACAUAACAAAAACCAACAUACUUACCACAGAAGAUGAUGAAGAUCACAUGGAAACCGCAAUAAGGACCAUGGAACCAAUUUCCACCGAGGAAGACCCAUCUAAUCUGAAACAAAAAGGAAAAGUAAGGUUAGUCAAUGAAAACAGACAAAAACACGAAACAGUGUUAAAUAAGACCUACACACUAGAGAAAAGUGAGGUAGACACAUUAAAUGAAAUAAACAUAGCGAAAAGCGAACAAAACCACGCAAAAACUGCAUUACGUGUAAACCAGUUACGCGUGAACGCACCACAAAACGAAUUUCUUACGAGAAACGAACCAAGUUCCACAACAGUACAGGAACAAGUACAAUCAAUAAAUAAUAAUAUUCAAAACCUGCAAGACCAAUUGCAGAACUUAAUUAAUAAAGCUAAAACGCAAAUCGGCCCACGAAAGAACAAACCCAGUACAUUAAAUCAACUUAAAACUGAAUCUCUUACGCAGAUUAGCAACGAUUCAUCAAAGGAAUCAAUUAUAUUCGCUAAAAAUGCGAACCAACACGUUAAGUCGCACGAUCAUAUUGUUUCAUGCGAUAGUAGCCAUAAAAAGUUACUAGGACAAGAUAUGAACAUUUGUGGAACGCGCCUAGACGCCAAAACGCGCGAACGCAACCACAAUCAGCUGACUGAAACACGAGGAAACAUGAGCACCUCAAGUGAACUAAGUAAGCCCACUGAUAAGCCCAUAUCAUAA